AUGACGACCAACUUGUGUCAGUCAAGGUGGUUUCUCAGGAAAGAAUUGCCAUCUUUUGCUGAUUACAUUAGCAAUGGUGCGAUCACAAUCGGAGUCUAUCUUACAGCAUCGGCAGCUUUCUUGGACAUGGAUAAUGCUUCAGAGGAUGUUAUCAACUGGAUGUCAACCAUGCCAAAACUUAUGUUUGCUUGCUCCACACAUGCCCGAUUGAUUAAUGAUUUUGGCGGUCACAAGUCCUAUAAUUCUUACAUCGGCACUGCAACUCCUCAUUCCAAUUCUUACACGAUCACUGCAACACCACAGAAUAUGCACAUUGAUCGAGACUUCUAUGUGCUUUGGGCAGUUGACCUAUUCGACAAAGAAAGGGGCAGUGGCACAGCGCUUGAAUGCUACAUGAAGGACUAUAAUGUAUCAGAGGAAGAGGCAGCCAAGAAGAUUCGAGAGAUGUGCGAGGAUAUUUGGAAGGUUAUGAACGAGGAAUGCUUGAGGCCUACUCCCAUUCCUAGGGAUAUUCUCAAAAUGCUUCUCAAUAUCGUACGAGUAGGUGAAACGACUAACAAGCACCGUAUAGAUGGAUUCACUCAGCCGCAUGCCAUUGAAGAAUUUAUAAGGGCAAUGCUUGUGGAUUUCAUGUCUGUUUGA